GCGCAAUAACCCGGUCGCGGCGGCAGGUCCAGAUCAGCGGGUCGCCCACCCUCACUCAACCUUGCAGCGGGGGAAGGGCUUGCCUAUUACUGCUUUUCAAUCUGGGGUUGUAUCCGGGGAAUUGGCAGACUGCAGGACCCAAAGAAGCUAAGUAAGGACGGGCAGACAAUUGGUGGCUGAGAGGGAAGGAAUGAGGAACUAGUAUGUGUGCCUCGGGGUAUAUAAGUAUACUAAGGACCUGAAACCCCAAUGGCGGUAGAGCUCCGGUGUAGUAGGUUUAGCUGGCCGGUGUGCGUUCUUGCCGGAUUUCGACUUACCUGAGAAGAUGCGAUUCUACGUAUUGCUUCUCGCCGCUGUGGCGGACGCGGCGGCUGCGACGAAACACCCCGUUCCUGGGCCGGAUGAGGAUGGGCGGUACACCAUCUCCGCGCCGGGCAUCAAGGCACAGUUCAUCCCUUACGGCGCCACCCUGACGAACCUGUUUGUCAAAGACAAGAACGGAAAGGAUAUCGACGUGGUGCUCGGCUACGAUGAUGUCGACUACUACCCGAAGGAUCCUGGCCACCCGGUGUAUAACGCAAUUCCAGGCCGGUACGCCAACCGCAUCGGCAAUGCGCAGUACAGCAUCGACGGGGUGACGUACCAUACCGAGAAGAACGACGGCGACAACACGCUGCACAGCGGCACCAACAACUGGUCGUACCGCUUCUGGAACGUGACGGCCUUCUCGCCAGACUCCAUCACCUUCUCCAUCCUGGACGCGUCCAACUCGUCGCUGGGCAUGCUCGGCCGCGUCGAGGCAAGCGUCACGUACAGCGUGACCAAGAGCAAGUGGCACAUCAAGAUGAAAGCCAAGUCUCUCGACCAGAAGACGCCCCUCCUGCUGACCCAACACACCUACUUCAACCUGGACGCCUACCGCAACCCGGCCACGUCCAAGAUCUGGGACCACACGCUGUACCUGCCCUACUCGGCGCGCUACCUCGAGGCCGACCAGGGCGCCCUGCCGACGGGCAAGAUCCUGACGGCCGCACCGAACUCCAUCAACGACUUCGCCUCGGCGCCGGACCUCGCGCUCGGCCACGCGCGCAACCAGACCGGCUUCGAGGGCAACUGCGGCGCGGACGGCGCCUGCGAAGGGUACAACGGCUACUGGCUGAUCGAUCGGCCGAACAACAACAACAACAACAACAAGAACGCGGCAGUGGUGGUGGCGAGAUUGGCGAGUGCCUUCUCGGGCGUGAAAGCUGAGUUGAGGACGGAUCAGCCCGGUCUGGUGCUGUAUUCGUGCAACUGGAUGGAUGGGAGUGCGGACCUCAAGCGCAGCACGCAGGGGAUUGCGGGGGUCAAUGAGAAGGUGGUGCGGAGCAGUUGCGUCGCGAUCGAGGCGCAGGACUGGCCGGAUGGUAUUAACCAUCCCGAGUGGAAUCGUACGAGCGCGCAGAUUUACGGGCCGGGUCGGACGUAUAACUGGGAGAGUUCGUGGACGUUUGGGUUGCUUUGAGGGUGUGGCAUGUUACGUGAGUCUCUCUGGGACAAAGGCAAGGUGGAAGGAAGGUCGAAUGUGUAGGGUGAUUCUGAUGAAGGGGUCUGCUGUGCACAGCAUGAACAGCAGCCGGUUUGUGUCCUACAGUCUCAGAGCUUAGCCGCAGAACUAGCACUUGGGAUGGAUUUCGAUUCGAUGUGGUUGACACUCAGCACUGUAUCGGAUGAGACUGGUUUCCGCUUGGUUUCUCAUCGCGAAGAUGGAGAUCUCACGACAACUACCAUAGUCGCAUAAAUCUGCUAGUCGCGUAUAAGUGCCAUUGACUCUGACAAUCGCGUAGCUCUGGUAGACGCGCGUGUAAGUCGUGUCAGUCAAGACGCGGUUACAUACGUAGGUAGAAUAGAAUUGACGCGAGCUCUAG